GCAACUGGCAAGCCCUCGCUCUCGCUCAUUCUGUGGGGCGUGCACUUGCUUGCCAUUGUGGCUGUCGCUAUCGGAUGGCGGACAAGACUCUCCAUGCUGGUCCUCUGGAUGUGCACUCUCUCGCUGCAGAUCCGCAACGAGCUCUGCCUGCAUUCGGGUGAUGUGCUUCAGCGGUGCGUGAUCCUCUUUGCCAUGCUCAUGCCGCUCGGCACCAUCUGGUCUAUUGACGCCGUCAACGCGCGGUUUGAAGCCGGCACGCCGGCCGAGUCGGCCGCACUGCUGCGGCGGCGGCUGAAGAGCCGCCGGCCCGAUAGUGACGUGGCCAACGACAGCGGUAUGCAUGUCGGCAACGGUUCACCCCUGCACAUGAACGGCGAAGCUGAUGCCCGAGACGAGGCCAUUGCGAUCCUUGUCUCGCCGCACCAGGCCGACGUGGUGGACGCUCUGCCGCCGACCCGGACGAUUGCCGACUUUACCACGCUUGCGUACAUGUUUCAGAUCUGCAUCAUGUACGUCUUUUCGGUCUACCACAAGUCUGGCCACGAGUGGACUGUCGACUACACAGCAACGUUCUACGCGCUUCAGCUCGACUUUUUCCGAAAGCCCAUGGGUGACUUUCUGCUCAUGAUGCCCGACGCCUGGCUGCGGUUCUUCACUUGGGCCGUGUGGAAGUGGGAAAAGUACGGGCCGAUGCUCUACUUUGUUCCGUUUGCCACCGGCCCGUGCCGGCUCCUCGGUGCCUUUGGCUUUGCCUUUAUGCACUUUUCGUUUGGCCUUGCCAUGCGCCUCGCCAUGUUUACCUACAUCACCAUGGCGGCGCAGACCGCGUUCAUUCCACCGAUGUUCUGGGACGACAUUGUAUUUACGUUCCUUCGGCGCUUUUCAGCCUUUUCAACCCCGCUCACCAUCGUCUACUCGCCGCGCAAGCCUUUGUAUCGUUGGCUGGCGUGCGCGGCGCUCGAGCUGGGCCUUUUGCGAGGCGCCAAAAUGGUGCGCGGCUCCGACGCGCCGUCCGCGCCUCGGCUGGCUGUCCGCGGUCCUACCGGCGAUGAGGCGACCGGCCUGGACGCACUGACUGCCCUUGCACGCGCCUCACCGCUGCUGUGGUGGUACGGCUGGCUGCUGCGGUUCCGCCCGGUCAAGCUCCAUGCGCGGCUGAUGCUCUGGCUGGCGGGCGCAGCCGACCGGCUGCUCUGCUUUGAGCGGGCGUCGGUUGUAGUCGAGACGAGCGAGCGGAGUGGCAACGCGCUUGUCGCCGAGUCGCGCGACUUUACCUCGCUCGUUUUUUGGGCGUGGCGCAACAUCUUUGCGCUCUUUUGCAUCCUCUUCAUCCUCCUCUGGUGCCUCGCCAACGUCAACGCGUACCGCGGCCUUCCCGCCGAGAUCCACUGGAUCGGACCGACUCUCCACAUCGGGCAGAUGUGGAGCAUGUUCUCGCCCCACCCGCCAAAGUCGCAGUGGCACUUUGUCAUCAAGGCCAACCUGACCGACGACACACAGGGCGACCUCUUUCCCAACGCCGGCUUAUUCAAGUUUGAGACGCUCUCACCACUGACGUGGGAGCGACCCGACACACUUGUGGGCGACAUCGGCAACCACCGUUGGUUCAAGAUCUACGAGGCCUUUAUCUGGGGCCAGGGGUAUUCGGACGUGCCAGCGCUUCGGCUCGGCUACGGGCGGUACAUCUGUCGCGAGUGGAACGCCCGCCACACGGGCGGCUCACGCUUGUGGAUGUUCGAGUGGUGGAUCAUCCACGCCUUUGUCCACGAGGACGGGACCCGAACCUUUGCCGGUAAGGACGUGCUCUGGGAGCAUCACUGUUACGACACCAAGCCGACUGACUGAGCCCAAGUAUGCACGCAUCGCUGGCUUGGCAUCUACUGGCAUUUACCCGAGCUACCUUGUACCUCACAGCUUAAAGUCGUCCAGCUUGCGCA